GGCGGCGGGGAAGCGGAACCCGGGCGAGAGCACCCCUGCUUCUGGCCGGGCGCGGGUCCCGGUGCACCGCGGGCGCGCCGCACCAGCCGGCAUGGAGGAGCGGGGCGAUUCCGAACCGACACCCGGCUGCAGCGGUCUGGGCCCAGGUGGCGAUCGCGGCCGCGGCGGUGGUGGGGCUCACUCGUGGGCUCCUGAGGACGCUUGGAUAGGCACCCACCCUAAGUAUUUAGAAAUGAUGGAAUUAGAUAUAGGAGAUGCCACCCAAGUUUAUAUAGCCUUCUUGGUUUACCUGGACCUCAUGGAGAGUAAAAGUUGGCAUGAAGUAAACUGUGUGGGAUUGCCAGAACUCCAGCUCAUCUGCCUUGUCGGUACUGAGAUAGAAGGGGAGGGGUUACAGACUGUGGUGCCUACCCCCAUCACUGCCUCCCUCAGCCAUAACAGGUUUCUGGCCUCUCAAUGUUCAAGUGCUUUGGGGGUCACUCCUCUUGGCUUUCGUCUUCGUUAUACUCACUCCCUAAGCAGACUCAUCUGGUUCCACAGUUUUAAACAUCAAUGUGCUGGUAUAUUUCCACCUCAACCUCUACCAUGAACUUCAGGCUCAUACGUUUAACUGCCUGCUUGACAUCUACAGUGAGAUUUAAAAGGCAUUGCAAAUUGGCAAGUCUAAGAAGAACUCUUGAUUUGCC